CGUCCAUGCAGAGGCGGCCGUGUGAGCUCUCCUGGUCCGGUGGAUCCCUUAGGUACACUAUAGCUGUUCCAUGCUGGCCAGGUCACUAUGGCUUCCAUCCAUCUCAUGCGGGGCAAUUGGGGACAACACGGGCAAGUAACAUACGGUGCUCCAUUAGAGAGAGCUGCCCACGCCCCACACUUUCCAGGUUCAACCUCGACGUCGAGACUCAACAAGCCGCCAGACGUACAAGGAGGCCGUCUCCAACUGCUCUUUACACCUAUACCACCACGGCUUUGAUCGAAGCUACCUGCCCUACGCCCAGUUGCGCAACGGGUGCUUCAUAGCUUAACACUUUUCUGUAGGACCCUCUAGUUGCGACCGGAGCGCAUCACCUUACUUACACACACACACUACACAUAUUCAACCUCAACAAACACCAUGGAUAUCACAAAGUUCGUGGUAUCUCACCGGGAGAACGCCCUCCUCUACGGUGACUAUGCGACGUAUCGUGCCCAACUCUCCAGGAAGCUUCUUAACUCCCGCAAGAAGCUCAACAUUGCGACCAAGAGCCGAGGCAAAUUCCACCCCAAGGCCCAGAUUACCGCUGAGCAAAUCUCGGACAACCAUGAAUACCUCCACCUUGCGCUUCUCACGGCCGAGCGCACAUGGGCUCAUGCCAUGUCCAUGAAGGCUUCGCAUGCUGCUGACACCAAGGGCAUGACCGGCAAGACCAGGUCACAUAUUGUUUCUAGACUCGAAAAGGGUGCCCGCACCGCCGAGAAGCUCGCAGAUGUGCUUUCCCAGGACGCAGUCAGCGGCGCCAACCCCAACGACAUCCUCGAAGCCCGCGCCUACGCCGCCUUGCUCAGGGGUGCCGCCAACUUUGAGAAGCAGAGCUGGGAGGAUUGUAUCGUCAGCUACGCCGUUGCCCGCAUGAUCUACAGUGCUCUCUCGACCUCCACCAAGGGUGACAUCUACAAAGACCUCCUCACCGAUACCAUCGACCCGUCGAUCCGCUAUGCUGCGUACCAGGCCAAGAUUCCCCGUACGCAACCGAUUCCUUCGAUUGCCAAAAAGGCGUUCGCCAAAGCCGACGAUGACUUGGUGGACCGUGUCAAGGCUGUCAACCCUAGUGUUUUGGAGCAGGGCGAUGUGACCAUGACGGGCGUUACUGGCGCUGAGGGAGCACCAACUACCAUCACAUGGCGCUCACGGGAGGUCAAGAUUGAGGACGCUUCUAUUGCCGUCGCCUGGGCUUCGGUUCAAACAGCAAAGGCCAAGCUGACCGAGAGGCUAUCCUCUGCCAGCUCGCUGGCACCCAAGGACAAGGCCGCCGCUUACGAUGACAUUCUGGCCGCAACCCAGGAUGCUGUCGAUGCGACAAAGCAGGCCAUUGACGAGCUCCGGGGAGAAGGUGUCACACAGAGCGAUCCUCGCAUGCAGAGCUUGCAGAUCACAAGGACAGCCGUCAAUUUUGAGAUGAUCAGCUGGCGGAUUGGCCGUAACAGGGUGCUCGCUGGCGAGCUUGACGGUGCGCGCGCCACCUUUGAUGACCUGUCUAAGAGAGGAAAGAAGGCUCAGGAAGCUGAGCAGGCGUCCGAGAGGCCCAAGGAGGAAGCUCCUGGCCGUCAGAUUGCCAAGCUAAAAGAGAAGGUGGUUCUGUAUGACGGCACUCUUCAGAGUCUGGAGACCAUCACAGAGCUGCCUGGUGUUGCGAACGACCAGGAGCUCUUCACUCGUCUGCAAGCCACUACGCAGUAUUUUACUGCUCUCAAGUCCCUAGCAAUCGCCCGCUCCCACUCCCUAGCCCACAACGACGCCAACGCUCUCGCCCUCAUCCGCCACGCCCUCACCCAAACCGAGUCCGCGCUGCCCAUCCUUUCUUCCACCUCCUCCUCCGAGGAAUCCUCGCCAGCCCGCAACAUCGUCGUCUCUGCCGCCGACGUCCAGACUCUGCACUCCCUCCUCAACGGCGAGCUCCAGCGUGCCCGCGCCCUGGUGGAGAUUAGCGAGCACAACAAGAACAAGAAGCCUUCUAGUGGAAGCAGCAGCAGCAAUGGAAAACCUCUAAUCGGCCAACUAGCCAAUUACCCCUCCAGCGGCCAGGUCAACCUGGAGAACAUUGUUGUUUAUCCGCCCCGCUUGGAAGCCAUCCCUGUUAAGCCUAUUUUCUUGGAUGUGGCGUGGAACUAUAUUGAUUAUCCUGAGAAGAUUGCUGCUGGCGGGGACAAGAAGCAGCAGCAGCGGCAAAGGACUGAGGAGGUUCAGGAGGAGCAGACUCAAGAGGAAGAGAAGCCCAAGAAGAGGGGAUGGUUUGGGUUUGGCCGGUAGAGAACUGUCAUUGGGGGGGGGGGGGGGGGGCGGUGUACGAGAUGUGUUUUGGAAGUAGCGAUGUUUGGUUGAAAAUAUAAUGACGGCUGUUGUAUGUUUAGAACCAAAACAGACGGUCUGCUCGUGAACAUGUUGCAAGCAAUUGAGGUUGGGUAUCAUGCCGCUAUGACCAUGUUUACCUACGUUAUGUACUAUCCACCCAGCGACAACCUGGAAGCUAUGACCUCGGUCGUUGGCAUGACGUAUAUACCACUAAAGGUAGUUACCGGCGUACCGAAUGCCUCAUUGUAUCCGAAUGUUUCAAGUUUGAUAUUGUAUGGUUGACUUUGAUAUGUACAUAUGUUGAGUACAUCUGCAUUCAAGCUGACUUUUGACUUGGG